GCAGAGCCGAGAGAGACACGGUGCAGAGAGGAGGAGGAGGAGGAGGACGAGGAGGAGGAGGAGGAGGAGGAGCAGCUAGUGAUGCUACGGACAGAGGAAUAGAGGGAGAACAGGAAUAGAGCUGCACGGGUUGGAUGGUGACAGUGAUGAUGAUGAUGAUGAUGAUGAAGAGGAUGAUGAGGAGGAGGAGGAGGGGUGAGGACGAGGGAUGCUCCGCUGCAGUGUGGCUCGUCGUGCGGGGGUAAAACCUCGGGUAUCACCGGGAGUUUAACGAAACGCUAUUCUGAGGAGGUGGGCCAAGUCCCGGGAGAGAGAGAGAGAGAGAGAGAGAGAGAGAGAGGACCUGCAGACUGGAUGUAGUGAUGUUGUUGCUGCUGUUGUCAGUGAUGUGAAGAUGUGAAGAGACGUGAAGGAGCUGAUGAGGAGUCGUUUCUGCUCCUGGACACAUUUAUUCAUUUUCUGCAGCUCUGGAGACCCGGUGGCUUCCUGCCUGUUGAGAUGUGCCAGUAGGAAACACGGAGAACAGGGGUUCAUGCUGAUGAAAUUGAUCUGCUCAGUGAGCUCCAACCAGAGCCAUGGGGAGUACCCAGACUGCCGCAGUGAGAGGGAGUCGGGAGGGGAGGCGUCUCUCCUGGUGUCUCCGCUGGUGGUGGCGGGGAUCGUUAUAGGUCUGGUCCUCUUCCUCUCCUGCAUCACCAUCAUCGUCGGCAGCCUCCGCAAAGACAGUCGACUCCGCAACCCUCACCUGCGAGCUAGCUACGGACCAGAUGGUUUUUCUUACGGAGGUUCAGUGGGAGAACUGAGGUCGACCUGCUUGGAAGACUUUCCUCCUGGUUUGGACUUCGACUCGUACAGAGAGACGCUGUCGCAGGUCAACAUUUACCCGGACUCACCUCCACGUUACGACGAGUGCGUCGGCCCGGGUUUGACUCACAUCUACAUCCCCACAGAUGACCCUCCUCCUUACUCCCUGUUCGACCCCUGCCAGCGAGGGCCGGAGCAGGAGGAGCAGCCCGGCCGCACCAGCCCGGAUCCUUCUCCGCACUGGGGAGAGACCUCAGCCAGCGCGGGCUGGUUCUCCCCCUCCCACUACCCGCUGGGACUGCAGGAGCAUCAACACAUCGCAUCCAUCUCCUUCCCCCCGGAGGCAGCGCCGCCUUAUGAGUCCGUGCUGGCCGAGCAGGGACGCCCCCUCCCUCUCAUGCCAUGUGACCUUUAUAAACACCAGUCACACAGGGGGGACGACGGCGGCUCCCAGCAACCGGAGGCGAGCCACAUCUUGUAGGACGCUUGAUUUGUUUCUUUCACCUGCGCUGGUGCUUGUCCCCGGUUGAAGAAAACAACACCUGUGGUGUGAGGCACAAAAUGGCGGUUGCAGGAGCAGCUGUGACACCAAACGAUGGACACUAAUGAGAUGCACACAUCUGCCACACAGUUGCUAACACCUGAUGAGCGUCAGCGUCUCAGGGGACGGACACUCAGCCGGGACGCCAGUCUUCAACCUGCAGUUUGUUUCUGGACUCACAUCUUAUUGUGUUAAACUUUCUGAAACGACUCAAACUUCACCCCAGUGACGCUGUUUUGGACAAUUACUCCAUCUGGUUGUAUCACUAUUGUGUAGUUCCUGGUUUGUUUGUUUUUACGAUAGAGUAUAUAAGGGCCACGUUGAAGAAAAGAGAACUGGAGAUUUGGAGAAUAAAGUCGUAGUAUUAUGAGAAUAGAGUUUUAACAUAACGAGAAAAAAAGCAAUAUUAUUAUGAGAAAAAUUCCUUGUUACUUAUCUCCUAAAAUAAAUAAAAAUUUCUUGACUUGGUUACUGAUAAAAUUCUAACUUUUUCCUCAUAACAAUGCUACUUUAUUCUUGUAAAAUUAGAACCUUAUUUUCCUAAUAUAAUGAUAUAUAUUUCUUCCUAAUAUUUCUUAUCAGAUACAACUUCAUUCUUGCAAUAUUACGAGUUUCUCUUAAAUUACGACUUUAUUCUCGAAAUCUCACAUUUAGCUUUUUUCGACAUGGUCAGAUUUUUCAAAAUUUUUGGACUGUUAAAGGUUUUUAUUGUUAUGAUUAUUAGAACAGUCACAUGUCACGUUUGGAUUUUAGGCUGAAUUCCUUCUACGGAACAUUUUAAUCAUCGUUCUGUGUAGAUGAAAGUGAAGCUGACUUCGUAGAGUGUUCGUAGGAGAAAGAGUGUGAACAAUGUCAGUGUGGUCAGUGUAGUUUAAGGUGUACAUAAGCACACAGAGUUCCCCCCCCCGUCCUGUUUAUUAUGGUAUGAUCCUCACGUAUCCGUAUGAUAAUUGAACUGUGGUGAUGUUUAGAGAAAAGCCUCUUUACACCGUCACUGUUUCCUCGUCUCUGUCGUGUUUAGAGGGUAAAAGUCGUAUCUUUAGGAGAUGAGAAAUAAUCCAAACUAUUUCCCCAGUCAAAGGCUCUGGUUUAAAUAUCAGUGCUGUAACUGACCCCCCCCCAGCAGCAUAAUGUAGCUCGGACCCUCCUCCCUGACGAGGCGUAGGGUUGAUGCAGCACAUGAAACUGUAGAGCUUAACGCACUGGUCACUGGAGAAGUGGAAGUUGAUUGGACGAAGAAGCAGCUUUGCUAACAGCUGCAAAAGCAAAAAUUAGCGCAUGUCGGCGAAAUGAAUUAAUCAGAUGCAGAGAAUAAGAAUCGGUUGUUUUCUUGAUAAAUUGAUGAAUUGUUUGAUCUAUAAUAUGAGUUAAGGGGGAGGAGCUGUUUGGCCUUUUACUUGACUUAUAAUAACUUGAAAAAUGAAUUACAUAUUAUUAUGUAGAAACCAUGGAAAGUGAAUAAAGAUGAAAAACACAUUCUCACACUUGACCAAUCAGGUUUCACCACGUUUUCAUGUUAAAAUGACUAAUUAAAACCAAACUUUGCAGAAACAUUUGUAGGAGAAACUUUAAUUGAACUCGUGGAUCCAUCUGCUAGCAUGGGGGAGGUGGCGUUUACGACCUAUUCUAUAGGCAGCCACCAGGGGGCGAUUGAGCUGUUUUGGCUUCACUUAAGCUGUGAUGUCGUCCAGUCUUCGUUCAAAAGCAACAAUUCUGUUUUGUCAAUUUCAUUGGAACGUACAAAUUCUUGCCUGUCGAAAAACAUAAAAUUUGAGCAAAAUUACGAAACAGUGAAGAGGAACUUUUAGUUUCAGUGACGUGUUAGAUGAGAGUUUAAAUGUUUGUCUUUGACUCUCGAAUCACAGCUUCUCGUCUCGUCUACGUUUCAACCUCACACUCUUCUUUUACCGAACAUUUCUACGUUAACGAUCCAGCAUGACUUUGUAUAAAUUAAUGUUUUGUCGGACACACUGGAGAAAGACGUUAAUCAGGGCAGAAUCGAACGUGAACCACCAGUUCAGUGCUGCCGGCGCCCGGGAGCUGAAACCCCCCCGCGGCUGCGUCACUUCGGAGUGAGCGGACGCAGAACGCCGAGGUUUCCCUGGAGACACUAAGACCUGUAGACAACAUCACUCUUCAUCACCAGUUAUUGAAGCAGGAAGUCACUUUGAGCCUCAGCUUCAACAACGAUGCAAAUGUAACUUUAGAAGAACUCGUCCAGGUUGGUUUGUCCCGUGGUUUUUUUGUCGUUUGAUUUGAAUAAUAUUCCUCGUGCGACUCUGUUUUCGUGUUUAAAGAUGUGCCUAUUAGCCUCAGACUGUUAGCUUGGACCUUGUAGCCAUAAAUAUAAUAAUCUCAAUGCAAUUAAAGCAGCGCUCUGCGCUGUCGUAUGUUUGGUUGUGUCAUCACGUGUUGGUUUUCUCACCUUUAACCAUCGAACCCCUGUUGGAUGAAGUUCGAUGACAGAUUUGAUUGAUUGAUUUGAUCUCGACUGUUUCCAGCUGUUGAUCGACCGUCAGCUUCCUCCUGUCGUCUUGUGGUCGAGUCCCCUGCACGAUUCACAACCGUCGGUUUAUCGUCUCGUUUGUUUAACUGUCCGAGUCACGAUGUCGUCAGUUUUAGUGUAAAUGUCAAUAAUUGAUUUGUUUGUAUUGUGAUGCAUCAAAGAUCUUUAGAAUCAC